AUGGAAGACAUACUAACAGAAAUCCCUCCACCUUCAAGGUUCUUUUUGGAAGAACUGAACAACUUUUGUCCUCCAUCUCCUCCCCUUCCCUCUCCAUUCCUGUUGUUUUCAACUCCUAACCGGGAGAGAUUUUCUCGCCCUUCUCUCCUCAUCAUUGCCAUGUCUUCUCCAUCACUUCAAGUUUUUCAUCACGUGUCCUCCAAAACCCUUAUCGGAACUCUUAUCCUUCCCGAAAUCCCAGUCUCUGGCAAUUCAGUUGAACCCUCUCUUAAAGACAAAUCAUGUAAUAUAUAUGCUCUGAAUGAAGAUGAUAACUUGAUUAUGAUUGUGUCUGUACAAUAUCCAGUUACUGCAGAAAGAUCUCAUGCAGUCGCAAAGCUACUCAUUGGAGAACAGAUUAUUCCGGAAAAGGUCUUAAUUUUGGAUUCCAUUCGAAGUUCUAACUUUAGAGGAAAACUUUCACCAGAUGAAGCAUUUGCAUUUAAGCUGGAAUCAUCUGCAGAGAGAAAAGCAAAGGCUGAUGGCCAUCAAGAUUCACCACUGGUAAAAAGCGCCGACUAUUUUCCAUCAGGAAGUGUUGUGGAUGGCUUGGCUGCAGCUUUAUUGAGCCGAUGUCAGUUAAAGAAGAUAAGAGGAACUUUAUGCGUUUCUUGGCCUGAAGUCGGUGUUUCAGUUAUGUCACUUGUUAAGUCUCUACUACUCAAGGAUGUCCUCUCCCGCAUGAAGCAUAUUGACAUUAAGAAUCUUGAGCAGGAAUUUCUAAACUUAGGCCAGAAUAAGGAUUUCCUUCUUGACUCUGAACUCUAUACAUGAUGUCUUUGAUUUGAAUCAAAUGGCACUUGUUCUGAUCCCGGUAUCGCGUUGUUCCUCCUUUUUGGUAGAUUCCUCUAAUGUAGUUUGAACAAAGCAAUAUUUUCAAUUUCAUUCUCUGCUGGAUUUAUCAACUUGAACAUGGUUCACCAUGUCAGAUCAGUUUUAUGUUUUACAGCUACUUAGAGUGAUUUUCUAGUGUUAUAUUAUGUCCAUUGAGUUCAUGGAAUUACUUGGUCAGUGUAUGAAACACUAUAAACUUAGGUGCUUUGGGAGAAUCUUUUUACUUUCA